UUUUUUUUUUUGUUGAAAUAUAUAAUAUAACAAGUGGAGGGAGUGUAUUGAAGAGUAACACAUAGAGAGAAAUAUUUAUUUGGAAUAAUGCAGUACCCUUGGAAGUUGAACUCAAUUGUUUUAGUAUAUGCUUUCUGUUUGUGUUGGUACGUAAAUAUACAUGUAACAGCAGUAUCACCAAACGCCAUAGAUAUAAGGAAUGAAGAUCCAUUGUCUUUACCAUUGUGAAUCGACAAAGGAGCACAAUUAGCUGCCAUGUUAGAUACGAAAGCCAUAAAUAGAAAAAUGAAAGUUUACAUAAAACACUUAUGAGGAAUAUGAUUCAAAAUUCUGUGCAGGAAGAAAUGCAAGGAGCUUUUAAGACAUCGUUAGAAGAGAACUCAACAAUAGAUUUCAUCAGAAAUAUAACACUGCAGGGAAUAUAUGCUUUUUGAAGGAGAAGGGACAGGAGGAACUUUUCCACCAAGUCACCAAUGAAGAUUAUCCAGAGAAGAAUAAAUGGAUGGCUUGAUUUCCAGAGAUCGUGGAUAGAUUAUAAAAACAGAUUUGGAAAUGUUGAUGAGGAAUACUGGAAAGGAAACAAACACAUUCACAGCCUGCCAUCCAGUGGUAAAUAUGAACUGAGAAUAGACCUAACGGAUUUGUUCAAUAAAAAGAAGUAUGCUGUGUAUAAAACUUUUGUUGUUGGAGAUGCAGUGUCCAAGUAUAAACUUACUUUUGAGAAUUACAGUGGGAAUGCAGGUGAUAUAUUGGCUAAUCAAAAUGGAACGAAGUUUUCAACGACUGACCAGGAUAAUGAUAAAAAUAGUAUUGCUGAUUGUGUGGAAAAGUUUGGGCCAUGGUGACAUAAGCAUUGCUGCUUAGGUAGUCUUAACAGGAGUUACUUCCACAACCCGUGGACUCGUUCUAUGAGCACCAACACAUUGAAACGUGCAGCAAUGAUGUUAAGAAAAGUGAAGUAACGGAAUAACAUACAACAUUUAUAAACUUCAUUCAAAGCAAAACAAAAUUUCAUUA